AUGGCUACACGAGCUAAUAAGAGGAAAGCUCAUGAGCCGUUUGAAGAUCCUUCGAAGAAAUUAUGUGUCGAGGCUCCUGUUCAUACCCCGCCAAAAGAAGAUAAUGUCGAGAAUGAAGCUGAAGACAAGUCCGACGUAGGAGAUGAUAACUCGUCUGAAGGGGGCAUUGGAACCGAAACACCUCUCACACCCUUUUCUCCCGCCUCCACACCAGCACCCGUACGAAAGAAAUUUCCCUCCGAAUUAAAAAACAUAAAAUGUACAUUCCCAGGCUGUGACAAGUCUUUCAAUCGGCCAGUCAGACUGGAAGCUCAUAUCAGAACACACACGGACGAUCGCGCAUGCAAAUGUCCAUAUCCGGACUGUGAAAAGGCUUAUUAUGAGGAGAAACAUCUACAACAGCACAUCAAGGGUUCCCACAAAACUGAACGGACUUAUGUCUGUGACCGAGAAGGUUGUGGUAAAAGUUUUUUGACUGGCACGAGACUCCGGAGACAUAUCGAUUCACACAAGGGAUUCGACAGAUUCAGAUGCUCCGAUUAUCCAGGUUGUAACAAGGCCUUUCGCAAACAUCAAACACUCCAGCGCCAUAUUCGUUCAGAUCACCUCAAGCUCGCCCCAUAUAUUUGUUCACACAUCGAUCCUGUCACAAAAAUUCAGUGCGGUGCUGGCUAUGAUGGGGCCGUUGGUCUACGCAAACAUGUGGAAAAGGAACAUACUCCUUCAAAAUAUGUCUGUACAUCUUGCGCUGAUUCAAACUCUUUCAAUUCUGACGGAACUCCCAAGAACCUUGGCUUUUCGACCGAUCUGCAACUACAGAAUCACAUUCGAAAGGAGCAUGCCGAUUGUCUUUUCUGUGACAUGCAAUUCUCAGGGCGGCGAGAAUUGCAGGCCCAUAUCGAUAGUCAACAUUCUGGAAAGAGCAUAGAGGAACGACGAAUAUACGGCUGCCCACGUGGUGGUUGUAACAAAUCAUUUACAACAUCUUCCAAUCUUGCCUCUCACAUACGUGGGGCCCAUGAAGGACGGAGAUUUGUCUGCGGCACUUUCGAUGUCAGUUAUAACCGAGGAUUAUCUAUAUUUGAUCCCAAGGACGGUUGCGGAAAGACCCUUGCCUCGAAAGCCAAUCUAGAGGAUCAUAUUCGAACUGCUCAUCUGGGCCUUGCUAGUGAGCUCAAUGCCAAUCGUGUUGCUGCCACUUACGACGCCUCUUCCGAUUCAAAUUCCGCCUAUGCUUCAGAUGACCAGUCUGGAUCUGAUUCGGAUUCUGGUUACCAAUUGCUAGAAUAUAAACCCAAACCGCAAGCUACACGGAAAAGUCGAAGGCAUGCAGCGAACAUAAUCGAUCAACUUGUGGGAAACGUUCAAGCAUCAGAUCCAAGACGGACUCUGGCUUGUCCUGCUCGGGGCUGCGAUCAUAGGUUCAUUCGACAGUAUGACCUCGACAAUCAUAUGUUUAGCGUACACCCUGCACCACCAUUUCCCCCCUUUCCCCAGAGUCCGGAUUUAACAACAGUAUCCUUCGACCAGCAAUUUGCUCCGCAAGACCAUUUCUGGAUUGGUGAUACAUCCCCUGUGAAUACUUCUGGAUCACAAGUAUGGAGGCGUGAUGAGGUUGAGAUGCGGAGAUUGAUCGAUGAAGAACACAUCGAUCCAGCGCUAGUCGGCUUAUAA